CACCGCGGGCACGAGGACAUGAUCAAGCUUGUGGUUCGGGAGUAUGGCACUCUUGUCCACAAGUCCAGCAAAGACCCCAACAGCAUGCUGUCCCACAUGCAGAGGAAACAUGGAAACUUGGUGAAACCUUUCUGUUGACCAAGAAGGAAGUUUACCAUUUUCAAGUCUACACAAAUGAUCCAGUUGUGCUCACGAUAUUUUAAGAAUUCCAUGACCAUUCUGAUGUCAUCAUAGUCUUCCCGCAGAUGAACUGAAUGACCUACAGGCACUGCCCCGUAAACAUUGCCAUUAUGCAAAAGAACACACUUGAGACUGCGUUUAGAACUGUCUAUAAAGAGCCGCCAUUCAGUUGGAUCAUAGUGAGGAACACCCAGUUCUUUGAGAAGACCUGGGAUAUCAUGGCAGUAAACAAACUGUCUGUCUUCAGAAAAGAAGGUCACAAAAAGCUGGUCGUGCUUUCUGUAAUAUGACACUUUAACAGUGUGAUCAACAAGAUUUUUGCCUUGUAAUCUUGAUGGCAAAAGCUCAGCUGCUUUCUUUGAAAGACCUAAAUCCCGAACUAAGUCAUUCAGUUCAGUUUGGUGAAGAGGCUUGGGGACUGGGGGAGAUUCAGUCUCUGAAGAACAUUCCUCGGAUUGUUCCCACUCAGUUUCUGGCAAUUCAUUGUCACAACUGUCUUCCUCGUUCGUAUCAUGUCCAAUGUCUUUAUCGUUUAAUGAAGGCAAACCUUUGAAAACUGGAACAGGAAUGGAAUCUAUGUAUAUAAUCUCAAAACGCAUAGAUUUGGGUUACGUAAAUUCAUAUAUUUAGACUAUUUAAUCUAUCUCAAAUUGCAUGAAAACUAGAGCUUAUGGAGAAAAACUAAUUUCAGAUUUAAAAUCAGCACCUAAAAAUCGUUCAGAAUCAGUUAAAAAAUCCAAUGCAACAGAAAGUUGAAAAAAUAUUGUUCCCCAGUGUAAUAUAAUAAAAUAAUAAUAAAAUAAUUUGACCUGAAAAUGUUCUGGGUGGAAAUACAAAACGACUGUGCAUUGGCCGGGAAUCGAACCCGGGCCUCCCGCGUGGCAGGCGAGAAUUCUACCACUGAACCACCAAUGCCGACAUACAGUGAAAAGACGCUGAUACAAUAUAUUUCUGUCCAGAGCUGGCGCUGUGUGCAUCCACGACGUUGUUUCCUUUCAUUGAACUUCAGCGCGACAACACGAUGCACAGCCCACACCGGCCGUUUUGGGUGCAUCAGGAGAUGGUUUGCUGCCUCCGAGGGGGCCUUUGCCAUUUCCGCCAGAGCUGACCUUUCUACUGCCAGAGUCUGCUCAUGAGACUGACAGUCCUGCAGCCUCCACUCUAGCUGCAUCAGAGCCACCAGCUGAACAUGGACCCCACAUUUUUCAACCAGGCCAACCCACAGCUGCCACCAACAGUCCUCCUCCUACUCUUUCUCCUCCACAACCUCUCCCCUACGACCAGGAGGGUGGUCAGUGGAGCUGCACCUCCCAGCAGAGACAGUGGAUGAAACUGGAGCUGGAGUCCAUGGGUCUAUGGCCGGGCUCCCGCCCCGUGAGCGGCCCCAUGACAAACUUCUCCCUGUGGCGCUUACCCCCCCAGCCCGAGCUAAUGAACAAUGUGAAUGAUCUGCCGUCCCCCAAGUGUUUUCACCUGCAUCCUUUUUCAUCUGGAAGCCGGAGAAUGACUACCUAAUGGGACGGCUGAGAAGGAACUACACCCUGCCGUGCAUCGGUGACUGUUCUCAGCCACGUGUUGUCUCUGCUGGAGUCGGGAGACCGCGAGUGAUUGUGGGCCUCACUGGGCAAUACUACCUGCUCUCCUCCAGGCUGUGCUGUAAGAGCUGCAAUAGGAGGUGGUAUGCCGACAACCCGCUCUGGGUGGAAAAGCUUCUCAAGAGGUUUACCAAUCUGUUGCCAGCGUUACUGACUUACAAGAAGGCCAUCUGUAAGUCAGUCCUGGAUGAGCUGAGACGGACUGGAAAAUCCCCCAAUGACAUGGCAAAUCAGAUCAUGGAGAUGUUGCAUCUCAAGUAUGAGCGUGCCAACCUGGCCUAUCUCCUCUGUUGCCAGAAUGUGAUGGACGGAGAGGCAGGAACUUCCGGCCAAAUGACCAACACUCACUUCUUGCAGCAGGAGAGAAAACCGGAGCCUUUUGGGAGCUACAGUGAUGCAGAUGGCUGGAACGGGGUCUCUGUGUCUGCCCACUACCUCACUGACUGCCUGCUGCGUGAGUUCCAGCACCAGAGGGACACCAUUCAGAAGCUGCUGCAGAGUACCUUUGGACAGGUUCUCCGCUCAGACCACAACCGCAAAGUGGCCAAGAAAGUCACUUUUUCAUCCGGUGUCAUGUCGUCAUACGCUGUGAUGAAUGAGAACUGGAUGAUCCUGUCCUGGGUCAUGUUGCAGUCUGUGACUGCAAAAACCCUGCGGCCGAUGUAUGAGGGUCUCUCAAACCGCUACAGCAGGGCCGGCAUUGAGAAAGCCCAGUUUCAGUGGGUAAACAGGGAUUGCUGUGCACUGUUCAGGGUGGCAGAGUCUCUGGCUGGAGAGCAUCUAAACUGGGAUGCGUGGCGAACAACAGACAAGAUUGUUGCUGAGGUCACGUCUGGAAACCUCUUAAAUACAUGCGCAUCCAGAACAUACUACAACCCCAGCAUCACCAUCAAGCUGGACUUGUUUGGCUGCAUGGGACGAUUUCUCUGUGAAUGUGCUUCAGAACACCACCCUCUGUACAGCACCUUCGCGCAGUUCCUAUCAGCUGCCUUCUCUGUGGUGGACCGGGAAGACCUGCAGAGGCUCCAGGAUGCGUAUGUGUUCUGUGGCAUCCAUCCCGCAAAUCCGACCAAGCAGCACAUUCGGGAGCACUGCAGGGUGAAGAUUCCUCAACCGGGGGAGCUCAUUGAGAGAGUGGAGGGGGUGUUGCAGCACUUUUACUUGACCACCGACCCAAACAACUUGCCUUUGUUUAAGCCCUCCAUGUUGAAGGCGUGGAGGAUCCAGCGCGUUCACAUCCUGCGUGGCUGCCUCAGCGAUCCAGAGGUGGACGGGGGCAUACUGUACCGCCACGGAGGAGCAGUCCAGCUCAACCAUGUGCCAGGUGAGCAUGCGAGAGUCCCCGUCUGGAUCCCCGUCAGAGGCACAUCUCAGCAGGAGGGGUUCCACUUCCACCAGGCUCAGUGGGUGACUGGCACGCAGGUCUCCCCAGAGCUGUUCCAGGCCCAGAGCAUGACAGGAGUGUGCCGCUGGAACUAUCAGCGUCUGCUGGACCUGAAGCAGCCAGGACUUUGUCUCCCGCCUGUUUUUGACCCUGAGCUGAUGUGCACCUUGAAUGCUGUGUCCAAACGUGUCUUAGGCGAAGAGAAGUACCCUGCUCUUCGUUUGGCAGAAGAUGACACCGGGGAGAGGUUUGGCCUGGAGUACUUGGAGCCAGACUGUAGUCCAGUCCCUUUAGACUGGGACAAAUAUAAACACAAGAAAGACCUUGGCCGUACCACCAGUGCACUGUCUGCAUGUAUCCUGACUGAUGAAGGAUCAGAACCAGUCCAGUCUUCCGCCACACGUGCCACCAGGCUCUUCAACUUCCCGGUUCACCCUCCUUGCUUUCAUGCUACUACUCCAAAUACUACUACUACUACUACUACUACUACUACAACUGCAGUUCCUGUUCCAGCCGCUAGUGCUGACAAUGCUUCAGCCUCUACCUUUCCUGUGACUGAGCCUCAGCGAAAGUUAGACGCUACACCUGUAUUGCUAAUGAAUCCACCACCACCUGCUCAGACCCUGACCACAGCCACCAUGGAAGAGGAGCAGCAGCACCAGCAACCACCGCCCCUUUCAAAGAAACCCCAAACAAAGAAAUGUCUGUUCUGUGGCCAGCCCAAAUCCAAGUAUAAAGGUGAUGGAAGCUCCAUCCACCACUUCUAUCAACAGGGCCCUGUCAGGUACUUCUAUUGCUCCACAAAGGUUUUGAGACAUACGGAGCAGAAGGUCUGACAGGCCCCAAGAUGCCCUUCAAAGACUUUGUGAAGACAGACUUCUUCCUGAGAGAACUGGAUGCCACGAAAAAGAGGGUGGAGGAAAAACGGCAAAAGAAGAGGAAGAGGGAGGACUCUCCAACACCUCGACGGAAGUGCAGGUUCUGCAAAAUGGAACUCAGGCAGAGCCAGAGCAGCCCCCACAUCCACACAGGCUUUCCUGGCCUACCAGGGAAGUACAUAUACUGUCCUGCCAAGGUGUUCUCCCUCUACAGAGAGCAGGGGAUGGAGAAGGAGAUGAGCUGGAGGGAGUUCCAGGGCUCCCCUUUUUAUGAAAAGGAGAAACAACGGUGGGGAAGUCAUUGAACAAUAUAUUAGUCGUGACUGUUAAUGUCGGUUAAUAAUGUGCAUUAAUAACGUUAACGUUCAGGGUUAAUAACGUCAAUGUACAAAUCUCAAGUAUUUUUGAGAGGCUUUAAAUGACCAAGGAAAUAAAUCUUGUUUACAUUGAUUUUGUUUAUUCCAUGCAUUGAUAGUGACAUAAUCCUGAUUUGAUGUUUGUGGCGAUAUAGUGAUGACAUUAAGAAAAAAUGAUUAUGGAAAAUAUUUCUCCUGUUUAGGAUCAAUCAUCAAUGGCUUCAAAGUUCACAGCAUCGCUCCCUCUCAUUACUAUAGUACAAAAACUUUAGUGAAAACCAACAUGGACAGAACCCAAAAAUGCCUCACCAUAGCAAAUAACGCAAAUCCAGACAACUCAAAAAUAUGAAAAAAAAGAAAUUAGUGGUUUGACAUGCAGAAAAAAAAAGUUAACUUAAUGUUAGACUUCCCGUACAUUCUGGUGAGACCAAAUUCCUGUUUUUCACCUUAUUAAAGUGAGAAAUACUUUCUUUUGGCCCCAUGUCGGGUUAUUUUACUCAAAACAUGCACCACCAAUGAGUGAGCAAUGUGUAAGGUGCUUUGCUCGGCCACUUAAUUUCAUGUAAUGAUACAGUACUAGGCAGAGAGAUUAGUUAAGGGCAAUGCUGUGCAAAAAUGUUCAAUGAAGAGGUUUGACUUCCUUGUAGAUGUCAGCGACUGGACUCAUCGCAGCAAUAAGAAUGACAGCCCAACAACUACAUUAAGCGUUAAAAACAUUUUCUUUUAUUUUACACAUUUACAAGUAAAUGAAUAAAUACCUCCAAUCACAGCAGCACCUUUCCAUGGUUUCUUUAUGGUUGUUCAGUAACUGGUAGAAUCUUCAUUCCAAAAGAGAUCAACUCACUUAUUGGUCCACUUUAUGAAAUUUGGCGCUUUUGAACGCGACAUUGGGUCAGCCAGACGGAGAACUGUAUCACACUACAGCAUCAAGGUACACACAAAAGUGUCGACAGUGUAACAAAUCCUAGGUUAAGACCUGCUAAAGGUCUUGUCAUUAAAACAUUAUGUCCCAUUAUGGAAAUGACAAAUCCAGUGGUUAGAGGACCUAAAAAGCGGUUUGUUGUGUUGUGUGCAUAUAUAAGCUCUCCAGAAAUUAUCACCAUUUCUUGCUCUCUCCAUUCCCAGGUGGCUCUGGGGGACGCUAUGUACGAAUCUUCCUCUUGUCUUCAAAAAGCGAGCGCACCAAGUAGACCUGGACGCCUGACACCAGCAUCAUCACGACCAGGUUGACCACCGACCAGAAGUUGACUCUGUAGUAGUUGCUCUCCUGGAGGUUCCUGUCGCGGGCCUCGAAGGCGCGCAGCACCGUCUGGAUCUGCACACUCUUGCCCAGGCGCGCCUUCACGUUGUUGAUGGUGUACUGGAAAGGGACGAGUCAAAUAUGAUGACAUGGAUGAAAGGUAAACAACCCAACAUACUCCCUUUACGGUGACACCUCGAUAAGAUAUUUUUCUUGGCUUGUGUUGCACGAUACAAACUUUACAUCAUUUUCACAAAUGGCAUAAAAGAUCCGCACGUCACACCUGGAUAGUGGGACACUACACUCACACAGGGAUCUUUGGAGGCUGCAAUAGUACGAGCUACGGGUGAUCGGUUUUUGAAAUCAGCAACAACAGCACACUUGAGUUCGGGAUGUUGUUGUAAACAAAAGUCAUCUGGAAGAUACAUUUCCCGCUCUUUCCUGUCUAUCAAAGCAACGCCUGCCUGCCCUUCGACACACAAUUCCAGGGGUGGAGUUCUUCAGCUUGGGUGUUGCAAGCUGGAACAAUUGUGUUGGCCUCUUUUGAGUUAAUAGGUGAGAGUUCAUAGCACUUUAUGCAUCGCAAACUUGGGUCACUUUGCCCCCUAAUGAGGCAAACAGUGGCUGGACAAAGUCUAUGACAUACACACUGGGUGUUUGUACACAUUUUGCUCACUUGACUCACCAUGAUGUCCUCCAGCUUCAUGUCCAACAUGUCCGUCCCGUGCACAUACUCCUUCCAGUCGUCGGGCUCCUCGUCGCCGUCCAUGUUGUCCAGGAUGAGCUCGAAGAAGAUGAGCUUCUCUGAGACUGUGCUAAACAUGUUAUCGAAACAGAACAUGUAGUCCCCCUCCUCGGUCUCAAUGCUGGAAGAGACAUGGAGUUUUACAGGUGAUGUUUUGGUGCCAUCCGUGUUUGCAUGAUUCACUUACGUGUGCAUCCCAUCUGACUUGUGCUGGUCACUGUAUAGUAUCUGCCCAGAGGGAGAAGAGAUGUAGAAAUCGAUGUCGAGGCCUGCACCGUCCAAUACCUGUGAAUUCAGGAAAUUGAAUGGAAAACAUGUGAAAGUUAAGAUGUGAACCACUUUUGUUGCAUUCAUAUUGACAUCUAAGCAUAACCAACUCGCUUCACAAAUAUUUCUCUUAGCCUAACUUGAAUUAACUCUGCUUCAUUUUAAAUUCCCAAGCACUAUUUGCAGUGUUGCAUACCUGAUAUUCUAUUUCCAGUGAGGCAUCUUUCUUCAUAGUCUGGUAGAAACAUUCCUUGCGACCAGCGGGCAGAGUGAACGUGAAGUCGCUGUCCAGAGACUGGGAGAAGGCGGCCAGCGCCAAAAACCUCUCGCAAACUACAACAAACAAUACGGUAAUGACACAAAAAAAUGUCCGGGCGACGUCCAUAGUCGCCUCCGUGACUAUUAAAUGACACAACAACAAAAAAGAGCGUUAGGGUUCCCGGCCACCGUGGUGACGAGUAAGCUAGUAGUGAUGGUUGCCCAAAAACUUCACUCCAGUUCAACACACGGCAAAGCUCAGGACCCCGCCUGAUUAAAAAUGUCGUUUAAAUGUACGUAAUUAUUUUUCAAAUACAACUACUGUCAAAAACCUUGAUUUUGAUUAAAAUUUUUUCAUAUACAGCAUUUUUUUAAAUAACAUAUUUGACAUUUCAAAUAUUAAUGACGCCUGUUUUAAAACGCCAAAUAAUUACACAUUUAACACCGUCCUCGUGUAAGAUCGAUACUUGGUCCUUGUAGCACCACAAUAUGUAUUUGGAUGUUAUGUAUUUUAAUUGUUUUCAUUUGUUUUUAAUUUCGUUACAAUAGAUAACAUUUCUCGACGCAAAUACAACUAUAUAAAAAGUAGCUGAAAUGAAAAGUAGCUGACUAACUAAUGCUAACUCCUUUGCAUAUUUUUAAAUACCUUAACAGUACAGGUAACGUUUUGGACAAAGUGCAUUUAGAGAAUUUUGUUUUUUUUACCAGUACGAGUGGUACAAAAUAAUUAUUUAGUAAUACUGAAACGUAUUAUUUUAAACACCAAAUAUUUUGUAAAUCUUAUCACGUGUUUCCGUAAAAAAGUAAAGUUGACAUUUAAUAACCAUCAGGCAAUGUUCCGGGCACAUCUUUGCGAGCAUUGUGGGAAAUGUGGUUUUUCAACUGUACCGGGGAGAAGCGGUAUCAACGCGCACUGUAAUUCACAGGUUUAUUGUCUGAAAUGGAAUAACGCUUCAAUAAAAUGUUGAUGGUUAAAGUAAGUCUAUUACAAAUACGUUUUGUUUGGAUAUAAUGAAAACAACGUUUACAAUUGAAAAUAAAUUAUAAACUUAAGUAAUUGCCCACCCAUAAAUAUUACAACCAUAAAUAGAAAUGGUCAGGGAAAAUAUCGCUAAUGGGUUAAAAUGAACAAACACUGUAAUCUGCUCAACUAAGUAGACACUGAAGAUGCUACUAAAACCUCAUAAAUUGUAACCAAAAAAUGUACUUUUGUAUUUUUUAAAAGCAUUUCUUUCAUUUUACUGGUUGUAAAUUUUCUUGUGACUUAUUGUUAUUGACU